UUUUCGUCUGCAUGCCACGAAUUUUGAAAUAAUAAUGUAUUUUGUGGUUGGGCCUGUUUUACUGUAUUUGCCAUUCGUUUUUAUGUUCCUUUAUAUUUCACUGAACUAUUUUGUGAAGGGAAAAAAGUCAGUUUGUAUCGUUGUACUUGGUGAUUUGGGAAGGAGCCCAAGAAUGUUGUACCACUCCUCAUCCUUUGCUAAAGAAGGCUUCCACGUUGAUUUGGUUGGUUACGGCGGAUCUAAACUGCCUGAUUCUAUUAGAAGAAACAACGACAUUAGAAAGUAUUUAUUGCCAGAUGUCCCUGCUUGUGUAAAAUAUUGUCCUCAACUUCUGGUAUUCAUAUUGAAAGUAAUAUUUCAAAGCGUAACACUUGGUGUAACAAUGUUAUUUUCACCAAAAGCAGGCUUCAUAAUGAUACAGAAUCCACCAUGUAUUCCUACAUUGGCAGUUUGCUGGCUUGUUUGUUGGCUAAGAGGAAGUAAAUUAGUGAUAGAUUGGCAUAACUAUGGAUACACAAUCCUUAGCUUAGGGGUGGGUAAACAGCAUACACUGGUCAAAAUUGCAAAUUGGUAUGAAUUCUAUUUUGGGAAAUUUUCUGCAAUUAAUUUUUGUGUGACCAAUGCAAUGAGAGCAGAUUUGAGUUCAUUAGGAAUAAGUGCCAAUACUCUGUAUGAUAAAGCACCAGAAGAAUUUAAGAAAACACAAGUUGAAGAUAAACAUGAGCUGCUUCUUAAACUAUCAGAGAAAUAUGAUCUCUUUGUGCCAGAUAAAAAAUCUGAAAAAGACACAGAAGAAACGGUAUUGACAGUAAAACAGUCUGAUGGGAAAAUUGUUAACAGACAAGACAGACCUGCAUUCUUAAUAAGUAGUACCAGCUGGACAGAAGAUGAGGAUUUUGGAGUUUUACUACAAACUUUGCAUGAGUAUGAGAUAGCAGCAAAUACAAAGGAAAACAAACUGCCAGAUGUUGUGUGUGUCAUUACAGGAAAAGGUCCACAGAAAGAAUAUUACAAAGAAAAGAUAGAAAAAGCUGAGUGGAAACAUGUAAAGAUUUGUCUCCCCUGGUUGGAAUCUGAAGAUUAUCCUAUACUUCUAGGAUCAGCUGAUUUAGGUAUUUGUUUACACACAUCAUCCAGUGGGUUAGAUCUACCUAUGAAAGUUGUUGAUAUGUUUGGUUGUGGUGUACCUGUUUGUGCUAUUGAUUAUAAAUGUAUAUCAGAACUGGUUCAACAUAAUCAUAAUGGCUUAGUAUUUAGUAAUAGUAAACACUUGCUUCAGCAGAUAAAGAUUCUAUUAGAUGACUUUUAUACAGGCCAGAAAAGGUUGACAGAAAUGAGAGAAAAGCUGGAAAUAUUCCAAGCUAUCAGAUGGCAUGAAUCAUGGAAAAAGACUGUUUUACCUUUAUUCACUAGUGAAAAACUGAAAGUGCACUGAAAUCUGGUGUAAAACCAUUUCACAUAUUGUGGUCUUAUUGUUAUCUGGUUUUAAUACAGCAGUCUAACAUUAAAACAAAAAACUGUACUUUUUUUCUUAAAUUUUGAGAAAAUGAGAUUUAAUUAAAAUUAAACUUGUAGAUUCUAUUGCUCUCUUAGUGUUUCAUAUUGAUCUAAUAUAACUAAUCUAAUGGCAGACUUUACACUGCUUUAUAUUUGAUACUAACUAAGAGCUUAUUAUUUCAAUGAAUUUAGCGUACCUUUUGUGCCUAUUAAGCUCUGUAAAUUUGUAAUUUUUUACCCCUCGAUUUGAACUUGAUGAUUAUGUAUUUCUUAGAGUAAAUUUCAAGUUUGUUUGUGUUAAACAUGUAAUCCAUGAUAAUUGAUACUCCAGAAACAUGUAUUUCAUUGUUUGCAAAUUAAUUUAUUAUUUGUAUCUGUGUCUCAAAACAUUUUGCACAUGGGGCCUUACCAGUCAUGUCAGUUUUCUAGUUCGUAUUGUGAAACAUAUAUUUAUUUCAUUGGAGCAGUUCACUUGUACUUUUAUCUGUUGUGAUUUUAUAAGACAUUUGCCAGUAUUGAUAUACCUAUGCAAUUCAUGUUUAGGGAAGAAAGUGCAGCAGUGUAUUGUAUCCUUAAGGUAUAAUAAACAAGUAAAUAAGAAACUUGAAAUAAUGUGAAAUAAAACUAUGCUUCCUUCCACCACGACUAAAAAAGCAAACAUUACACUACAGUAUUUUACUACAAUUUAUUCUAUGUGGCUUUUAAUGAUCUAGUACAAAUGUAAUGCUUUAUAUGAUUCUUGUCUCGCCUGCGACGAAAGUCGCAGUAUGCAAGACAUAGGUAUUACUAUCUGGAGGCGGAUGCAGCAGCAUAAACUAUUUGUGUAAAGCUUUAUAUUUCAGAAUGUAGAAGACCUGGAUGCUUCAAUCUGUUAUGCAGAUACCUUAUAUUACGAUGUUUCCGUCAACCAUAUAUCAAUUCUCCUUGACCUCAUUUUCAUGGUUCAUUGGUCAAUGUUAAGUUUUUGUGUUUUGGUCUGGUUUUCAAUUAGCAUACGCAAUAGGUCAACUAUAUUUGGUGUAUAAAAAAAUUGUAAGAUGUAUAUGUCUGUCGGACACGAUUUAUCUGACCUUAACCUCAUUGUCAUAGAUCUUUAAAAAUGUUUAAGUUUCUGUAAUGCUUUUAGUAAAACCUUUAUCUUUAAGACUUUCAACAUAAAAUCAAUGGUCAGUAAAGCAGGCGAGACAUUUAAGCGUGUGCACUCUUGUUUUGUAAAUUAGUAUCAUCUUAAAAAGUGAUUUAGGAAUUUCUUUUAAUUUUUAACUUAAAUGAUUGACAGAUUUUUUGUUAAUCCUUUUAUACAUUGUAUGUUUUUUUUAAAUGUAAAAACUUUAAAAAAAACAACAUACAAAUUCUUUAAAUUGUUUAUAUCAUAAUCAAAACUUAACUUUAUAUUUGCAAUAAUAAACAAAAAGCUUUGGUGCAUAUUUUCAUUUAGCAUUGAAAAAAUGUAGACAAAUGAGAGUGAUUAUACUGUGUUAUUUAUUUAUGUGAUGAUGUUUUUUUGUGUAAUGCAGUGGAACUGAAUAAAUGUUUUAUAUAAAUGUCA